AUGGGGACAUCCGCUAGCACCGGCGCUGGACACGAGGCAAAAGUUUCUAAAGGAACAGUCCUUGCAGCAGCCAGGUUCAAAACCAAGGCAAAUGUUUCCAAGAUGCCGAUGCAGUCAGCUUUAAGCUUAAGGAAAAUGCACCAAAAAGAGGAAAAAUUUCGCCAGAGGGAGUUACACGAGAAACAUCCGGAGCUGAAAGGGGUUCUGGAUAGAGCUUCUUUAGGACAUUAUGGUCUUAGUGCAGUAACGUAUUAUCAGGAUGACUCAGUGUGGACCAGUGAACUAGGCAAUAUGCGCUCUUUCUUCUGGGAUUACAGUGAUGCCAGUCAACAAUUUGCAGAAAAACUUGCACGCUCCGGCUACUUAGAGCUGAUGAUGAGGGAUCUAAACGCCAUACAGACUGGAACACAAAAUAACAGUUUGGAUGAAAGUAAUCAAGGCACGUUGAAAGCUAUAAAGACCGCCAUAUCUCCGUUGUAUAACUGUUCAAAACUCGAGAUUAUAAAAGACAUAUUCCGUGAACUUAACGUUGUGGAAAAAAUCAAACCUUACUUAAAAUCAACCAAUACGAUGAUAAAAGCGGAAGCCAUCUUGAUCGAGGCAUUCAUCAUAGAUGAACAACAAAACGGUCUGCUGACAACGGACGGGACCGUGUUCAAGUUUCUCAUUAAGGGACUGAAAUCCGCACUGGGUGCGCAGAAUAAGAGAUUCAGCGGGUUCUCUACAUUUGAGCUGGCUGAAGGGCUAGGGGCACUGGCUAGAAACGACAAGAAUAAGGUAGCUAUAGUGAAGCAUGGCGCCUUACCACUUCUCACUAGAAUGCUGGCGUCAACUGAUGAAGAAGAAGUAGAACAAGCAGCAAAAACGCUGUGGAAACUUUCCUUUGAUCAAGGAAACAAAGUGAAAGUAAUGGAAGAGGCAAAUUGCUUUGGCAUGCUUCAGAAACUUUCCCGGCAUUCUAAUGAAAAGAUAAAGAAAGCCGCGCUAGGAGCUCUGUGGACACUGAAACAGAAUCAAACCCAUGUAGAAGAGGGCAUGAAAGCGACGUCUACGGACAGCGAGAUAGUCAGCCGGGUUCCCCAGGAGAACGUAAAAAGCGGUCAACAUAUUAUGAUCAGUUAUAAUUGGAAAGACCAGAGUGUUUUGCUGAAAAUCAAGGAUGCCCUACAGCAGCUAGGCUACAAUGUGUGGAUGGACGUCGAGCAAAUGAGUGGCUCCACGCUGCAAGCGAUGGCAGAAGCCGUGGAAAAGUCCAUCGUCGUUCUAAUAUGUAUAUCAGAGGGAUACAAGAACAGUGACAACUGUAGACUAGAGGCAGAAUAUGCAUUUACGCUCCGGAAGCCGAUCAUCCCUCUGAUGAUGCAGUACAAAUACACACCAGACGGCUGGCUGGGGGCCCUUCGAGGCAGUAAACUGUUCUUUGACUUCAGUCGGGACUACAACUUUAAUGUCAAGCUGCAGGGCUUGGUUAAAGAACUUGGCGAGAGAGGAAAAGUGACAGGGGCGUCGUGCGUGGCACCAGAGUUUUUCUUUACAUACCUUAGAGAAGAGCUUGGCAUAAGACGUCUACGUGACCUGAUGAAGCUGAACAAUGCCCUACAGAAGUUAUAG